AUGGUUAGAGCUGAUGCAUCCGUUAGCAUCAAGGUGCUCCUAAAUGCGACUGCCUCGCACUAUGGGUUCAGGCCGACCUACAGGAGGGUUUGGAUGGCGAAGCAGAAGGCUGUUGUGCUCAUUUAUGGUGACUGGGAUGAGUCUUACAACGAGCUCCCAAGGUGGGUGUUAGGAGUGCAAGUGACCAUGCCUGGUUCUAUUGCAGUUCUUCGGACUAGCCCUGUUCGAGUUGGGGGACAGCUGGACAAAACUCAGGCUUAUUUUCACAGAUUGUUAUGGACUUUCCCACCGUGUAUCGAGGCAUUUCGUCAUUGCAAGCUGUUGGUUAGUAUUGAUGGGACCCAUAUAUAUGGCAAGUAUGGGGGUACUCUGCUUGUUGCGAUUGCACAGGACGGGAACUCCAACAUACUCCCUGUUGCAUUCGCACUAGUCGAGAACGUCACACCACAGCCGGGUCUGCUCGUUAUCUUUGACAGGCAUAACGGCAUCAAGGCCGCCCUUGAGGCUUCUGACGGGGGCUGGCUACCUCCGAUUACAUACCGAGCUUUCUGCAUUCGGCACGUAGCAGCAAAUUUCGCCCUCACCUUCAAGGGUAAAGACGCAAGGAGGCUUCUCGUGAACGCUGCCUAUGCUAAGACGGAGGUUGAGUUCGAUUACUGGUUUGAUAUUCUUCGCUCGGAAGAUCCGGCGAUGUGUGAUUGGGCAAACCAGAUUGAGUAUUCAUUGUGGACACAUUAUUGUGAUGAGGGCCGGAGAUUCGGUCACAUGACGACUAAUAUAUCUGAGUGUGUGAAUUCAAUCCUCAAGGGUGUGAGGAACCUUCCUGUAUGCUCCUUGGUGAAAGCAACAUAUGGUUGGUUGGCCGAACUUUUUGUACGCAAGGGGAGAGAGGCGGAGGCCCAGCUGGGUACUGGACAACAAUUCAGUCAACACCUUGUUAAAUGUAUCGAGGCCAACUUGAAGACGGCAAGGUGCUUCACAGUUACUUUGUAUGACAGAGACAACUCCGAGUACACGGUCGCAGAGACCACUCCUACUGGUUCUUUCUCCCUUGGUACCUACAGGGUCUCACUCGGAUCUCAGACAUGUGAUUGCGGAUACUUCCAGGCGCUUCAUUUCCCUUGUCCGCACACACUGGCAUGCUGUGCCUACUGGUGCACGAAAUUGUGA